AUGUCCAAGAUUCAGCAGCAGAUAUCGGAGUCGCUUGUAGCCACGCGCGGAGCAAGCUUGCAAACGGAGGUGUUCAGAAGGGCGCAUUCAGGACUUGCAGAGGGCAUGCUUGUGAAGGUAGAAGAUGUCAACAAGGAGCAGUUUGCAGAGGUGCUGGAGCUUAGCAAUGGGACGGAGCCACCUGCAAAAGUUCGCUUCCUGAACGCGACGAAGGCGGAUUCCUGGCUUUGCUUGAAGUCCUUAGCGAUUCCAGACUAUGCGGCAGUCCAAGUGGGACUACAAGUCAACGUGAACUACGGUGGCAUUUGGAUGCUUGGUAGCGUGAUCGCAAUCAAUCAUGCCUUCACCAGAUCACCGGUGCAAGUGAAGGUCCACGGCUUGCCGCCGGGCGCCACAAAGUGGGUGGGGGCUGAUGAGUUGCGCUCCAAAGCCAUCAAAUUUCUCCCAGCAAACCUUGCGGACGGGACUGAGAAUGGACCUGCGGGAAGUGGCAAGAGGAAUGUAUCAGUCUGCUGCAGGUGGCUUGCCGGGACGUGCCUUAGAGCAGAAUCCCAUUCAAUGUUCAACAACUUGUAUUUGCACGAGGAUGUCCCAGGUAUUCCUUGCGCCCUUGGACAUGAAUGCAAGUUCCGCCACUUUGAGACUAGAGGGUUGCCGAGUCAUCCAGGAAGUGCAGAAGCCUCUUCGGUUGGUGCCAGCUGCCAGAAUGUCGAGGCACCCAGAGCAAAGAAUCCUGGGCCGGGCGAAGCACGUUGGAAACCGGUGGCCCUCGCCAGCAACCUGGGCCGAGCCCAAGGCCGAGCAGGCCCGCGCGCGACUGCAGAUGCACCUGGAUUGUCAGACUUGAGCGCUUCCUCCCAGCUUCCCUGGACUUCUUUGGACGCCGAUCCGGAGGGCCUGGAGCACGGCCUCCAGGCCGCCAUCGACGCACUGGAGGCCCUGCUGCAGGUUUCGGCGGCGGCUCCGGAGGAGUUGGCCAAGCUGCAGCAGGCCGCGAGAUCCCAGUUGGUGCGGCCCAUCCUGGAAGCGCACUCCUGGACAGGCAGUCAGUUCGCCAGCGAUGCCGAUUUGCACGCGGUCCUGGCCCAGUUGAAAGUUGCCAAGGCGGAGGUGGACGAUGAUGUGACCAGCUGCAGCGACCAAAGCGAACACGAGGAGAGCGACUUCGAGGAGAACCUCUCCACUUGCGCUGAAUCUGCUGGCUUGGAGACGCUGGAGAGGCGCCUUGCAGCGCAGCAGGAGGAGUUUCGGGAGAUCACCGGGGUGCUGGUCUUCGGAACGUUUAGGUGCGUGUCCGGUGACAAGCAGCACAGCAACAGUGGGGAGGUGCUGGUGGAGCGUGGGCCGAGGCUCUUGCUGGGGCGCCGGGUGCGGGUCAUCGGCAGCUGCAGGGCCGCGGCCUUCGACCAGGACCAGGUCUACCUGCGGCUCUUGAUGGCCCGGACCCUCAAGCUCCAGCUGGGCCGAGGGUUUCGGGGACCGGUUGAGAAUGGGAUCUGA